AUGUCUUACAAAUUCGUCAAAAUGUUUCCCUUUUGCUUGCUAACGUUGAUUAUUCUUGGCGUCUGGACCGGGCUUUGCUGGGAAAUAACAAGUAGAAAACGAUUGAGCCAGGCUGAGUAUCUUUUCGAUGGCUUGGAAGAAGCAGCAGGAGAUCUUAUAAAUGCGUUGCGGUCGAUUUCGAGUCUCUUGGCAGCAGGGCCAACGAAGAAAGUGAUCAAAGCUCCUCAAGAUGGUGGAUCGACUAAAAUGAGGAUUAAAGCAAAUCGUAAUGCUACGGCAAGAGCCUCGCAUCGAAUAAGUCAAGCUAUGAAUCUCGGAAAACUUGACUCUUUUGGCCCGUCUGAUGUUCCAGCAAGACCAACUAUUACAAGACGAAACAAUAAUAAUGGCUAUGACUUCGAUUCUGAUAAAGAUUCCGACAAGUUUAUCAACAGAGAUGCUCAAGUGGAUAUGAACAACAAAGAAAUUCAGUCCUACAAAAAUCUUUCCCAUAGCAUUCAGGUGUCUCUUGACAAAUACUUCGCGGAAAAUAAUAUUUACGCAAAGUUCAUUGAGUUUGAGGAAUAUCUUGAAAUCCGUGCUUCAUCAAAGCAAUUUAUACGGACUGUCAGAUUCAACAGAUUGAAUACGUUUCUGGUGACUUUGAUUUGCGCCGGUACUUUGGGGUAUUACUACAUUUGGAGACUUCACUGGGUCUCAAAUGCUAUCAACUGCAAGUUACCUGAGGUUUACUGGUAUAAAUACGCGCCUAAAGUGGAACCUUUAGAAGAGCAAAUUUGGACAACCACGAAGUGCUACUUCAAAAACUUGGGGACUUGGGAACGAUUCGCACAGAUUCUGUUUGUCCUCUACGUUUUCAUGGCUCUGUUUCAGAUCAUUUUUGCACUGAGCUCUUCAAUUAAAUGGAAGAAGGCUGACAGACUGAUCAAAUACCUUCCCUUGAACUGCGCUCUCAAUCGGAAUUCGAUUUCUGAUCUUCAUCUUUUGGUCUCAAAAGUUUCAGAAAACGAAGGUGCUAGAAAGUCCCUUGCAAUGUGCGACAAAGUGCUGUCAGCGCUAGAAAAAUUUGAGCACGAAGAAAAAUUCCUGCCAGUAUUGAUGGAAGUAAUUGUUUGGAGCGAGACAGACGAACGAGUCGGUGACAUUGUCAAGAAAGUCCUUCAGCCAAAGAGCAAUUAG